CGCAUCCGCUGUGUUCAAAAUUGGGAUAAAACGACCUACCAUCUCUCUCUCUUUCUCUUUCUUGUUUUCCGUUUGGUUCCCGAGAAAAUCUCUUCCUCCUGAUUGACAAGCAUUGUGGUUCUUCCGUCGCUGUUCACCUAUCAAGAGAAAUUAAUGAUAUGAGACACUUGCUGCUGAAGCGGAGGAUAAAUCUCUUCUGCAGAUCGGCGCUGCGAUUUCUUGACGUAUCAGUUUGCAGAGCCAUGGGCUGUUUCUUCAACUGCUUCCGCCCCAGAGACGAUCUGUCGACCAAUAAUCUCGCAUCUCACUCUACUCGCGUCAAAUCCAGAAGAGGUCAGUCUUCGCAGAAUCCUUUAUCAGCCUUGUUUCAGUCUGAAGCAGCAUCACCUGGCCCGAAAAAAGAAGGAUCUGGCUUGGAUUCUAUACAUAUUGAUAAAGGCCUCAAGGAUGAGGCGCGGUUUCUUAAAGCUUGUGGUACGCUACCAAAGACCCCAAUGGAGAUCCGGAAUGCAUCCAGAAAACAAGAUACUCCCCAACAUGAAAGAGAUUCUGUAUCUUCCCAAUUUCAUUCCUGGAUUUCCGGUAGCUUGGCUGUGAAGUCUCUCAUGGAUGAGAAUACUUAUGAGCCCCCAACUCCUCUCAAAGCUUGUGAAGAAAUGGGACAGCACUCGGUUGCUUCAGAGCAAACACCUGGCAGUUGUGUGACCGAUGCCCAAAACAGUGGUAGAAUCGCUUCCAUUUUUAGUGAAGUUAACGAAGAAGGACUUGGAAACAUUGGGACAGAAUUCGAGGGUGAGGUGGACAAAACCUGCAGAGCUACACCAGCAGCUGGAAACGUAUCGGGGAGGAUCAAAUCUGUGCGGUUUGAGUGUGACUUUGAUCAACCAAACUCUUCUGGUUCUUCCUAUAACAGCAGUUCAAGAAAGCCUGAGAUGAUGGCCAGACCAAAUUUUGCAGUGACCUCGCCUAAUCCAACCCCGUUGAAGCUCUCUGAUGAGAUGCAAACUCCUGGGACUGUCUUUCCUGCUUAUCUUGAAUUAGCGGGAAGGGGGAAGCCUAAAAUAAGGUCUCAGUUUGUAUAUCCCCUCUCCAAACGAAUCGAAAAUGCCACUUUAUCUAAGUUUCCUGCAGAGUCAGAGUCAGGUGAGAGCCUAGAACGGGAUAAAACGCAGGCCUGUAAAGAAAUACAUGGGAGAAAAGGGGAAGAAAGUUCGUGUGAGAGAGUUUUGAAGGUCGAAGCUAGUAGUUUUUCUCCAUGGCUGAAGCAAGGCAAUGAGGAAAAUGGUGAUAAUGCAGCAGCUUUGUCUCCUCGAGCUGCCAUGACUCCUGGCGACAGGCCUAUUAUUGGGAUGGUUGCGGCUCACUGGAACGUGGAAGAGCUCUCAACGCAAGUUUCACCCAAGUGGUGGGAUGGAAAUGGGAUCCCAAAUUCAACAAACAAGUACAAAGAGGAUCAAAAGGUGAGCUGGCACGCGACACCAUUUGAGGAGAGAUUGGAGAAGGCUCUUUCCAAAGAGAGUUUCGUGUCUCAGACUCAAAGGAAGACAUAUGACGGGGGAAUGGGAGUAAUGGAGGAGGAGGCUGAAGGAGAAACUGCCAUAUCACAGCUGCAGCAUUCAGCAGCACAAUCCAAGUCAGUAGUUUCCUUCUGAAGAGCCUAAAAACGGGUCUUCUGCUUCCGUACAGAGAGUAUGAUGUGCUCAUUAUUAUAAUACCUAUCAUGAGCUGCAAUGAUACUGGUAUAUGCCUGCGUUAUACAACAAAUUUUAAUGGUUAUACAACAUUUUUUUUCUAGUGAAUGAACGAAAACGUUUGGGGGGUC